AUAGGAAGUCGUUCUUCAUAUACCAAAUGGCUGAUGAUGAGUCGGGUGAUCCAUUCGCUGCUGAACGUCGUAAAUCCGUUCGAUUCUCGAGCGCUCGAGAAGAAUUCCUGUUUUCACCUGACACUUCCAGAUCCAUUUCUCAAAGUAUGCAUUCGGCAUCAACCGUUGGAGAUGAGAACUUAUUUCGAGUACCAAAAUUUAAAAGAGACAAAGAUAUGACUGCCGCCGCUUACGCUAAUAUCGGUCGUAAUGGUCAAGAACUUCGUUCCGCUGCACAUGAGAGCGUCAAGAUGGCUAUUUCUCCGGGUACGCAGGCAACGGAAAGCAAGCGUGAAGCUAAAUUACGGAAAUUGCGCGAGAUGCAGCAGAAUCGACAGAGCAAAAGUACAUGGCAAAAAGAAGGUUCUUUCCCAACACCAAAGAUUGACCUUGCAAGAACGGAGCGUUCCUUUGUGGAAGGAAGCACAAAAUUGGAUUCAUCGCGGCUCUCUGGCGCACAAAAAGUUAUGCAUCCUCCAAAGUUCCCCUACAACGUUCCUGAACCAAGAUUUUCCGAUAUAUCUUCGAUACGUCCAAGCGAUGCAACUUUUUCUGUCGACCAAGGAGGUGCUGGCAACAUCGUGUGCUCUACACCACUUCGCCAUCCACCGCCAGCUAUGGGAGUGCCUGCUGCAAUGAUCAAAUCUACAGCUAGUGAUUCAAACUUUGUACCUGCCACAAGAGUCAGCAGCACUAUAAAAGAAAUGGUGUUGGCUACUGAUGAAGACUAUCUGAUGACGAAAGACGAACGUACGCAACAUCAAAUGGAAGCGAUGGCGGUAUGGUGCGCCAUGAUACUUCGCUCUCAGUACGAGGAUGACGAGUUUGACAUAGGAAGCACCAAACAAGAAGCGAACAAAAUGUUGCAAGAUCUUCUUGCGAAGUCAAAGACACGCAGGGCUAGUUCAACAACGGAGAACAGCAAACCAUUCAAAUAUGCUGAUUAUCUGAAGAAACAAAAGAGAGAUUCCAUUCGAGAAAGUGCAAAUCGUCUCUUCAACUCAUCACAAGUGCCAUUUCUCAUUCGAGGCGCUGUGAGCAGCAAAGUCUUUUCAGUGCGUGCCGAUUGCUGCGUUUAUUCUGAUUUGCGUCUGCAAACAACACUACUUCGUCUGUUUCUUUCUUUUCACCCAGCAUGGUUACAUCUAGGAUUAGAAACUGUAUAUAACACCGAGAUCAGAGUGAAUGAAGGCGAAGUGUUCGCGCAAGUUAUUAGUCGUUUCAUCGUGCAGCGCCUAUUCUCGGACCCCAAAAUCAUGAAGAAUAAGAAAUAUGCUAUUGGCAGCGGGAAGUUGAUUGUAACAGAUGCGGGACGUGAAGCACUGCACUCGCACUUCUUGCUUCACACCUGCUUAUUUUGUUAUUUUGUGGAAACAGCAAAAGCAAAUUCAAUCAUCAAGCACAAUCCGAGAAUGUUUGCAAAAUCUUCAUCGUUCAAGUGUAUGGAUGAUGUUUUUGCCGAGUUGAGCCGAGAAGUUUUGUCUGGAAGUGGAACACCACUGAACAAAGCUUUUGCGAAAAUGGGCUUCAGACCAACUUAUAAGCAGGGUUUUGCUGAUGAUUAUAACUACACGGUCAAAGAUUUUUCGGAUCUCACCGACGGAGUAAUUCUAGGUAAAAUCAUCGAGUUGGUGACUGGAUGUCCGCCUGGCAGCCUCAUCUCUCGCCUACGCAAUCCAGGGGGAGACCGCUUGAGAAAAAUCGGCAAUGUGAAAGUUUGCUUGCAAACCGCUUGCGAUAGAGGAGUAGACCUAGGAGCGGUAAAGGCAGAAGCAAUUACGGGAGCAAACAAGGAAGCGAUUUUGGAGGUUUUAUGGAAGUUGGUGGGAGUAUACGUGGGAGCAGAUGAGGAGCGCAAUCUACGACGAGCAUCUCUAGCACUAGCUCAUCAAAAUAACAAACUCAAUCUUGGCGCUGUUCCCGAUGACGUCAGUGGAGAACAAUUUGUACUUCACAUAUGCAAGCAAAUAGGAAGUCAGCUGGACUUGAAGAUCGAGACGCUAAAUGAUCUACGAAAUGGAAGAUUGCUGGCGGGAGCAUGGCGCAUAUAUAAUCCUAGAGCUCCGGACAUUCGCCUUUACCCAGGAGAGACGUUGCUGGUAAAAGUCGCCAAUGCUGCAGAAACCGAGCUCGAUGUGCCGUGGGGCCUACAUCAUUCGCUAGGACUUUUUGCGCAUCUCUACCUAUCACGACUAUUCUCAAUUCGUGAGCUUCAUAAUGCUGCCACACGUAUCCAGCGUGCCUACAGAUCGUACAAGUUUUUCAAAGCCAUCAAGCAUUUCAUUGCAACGCACGACCAACCUACAGACACAUGCAAUCGAGCAUUGGCUGGUGCUUCGAUGAGUGCGGCAGAGGAUCGCUCAGUUUUCGCAACUACGUAUAUAGUUGAAGAUGUCAACAACCGCACGGAAGGACCGAAUGCUGUGUGUGUCCUGAAGGAGGCUCCUGAAGCCACGAAGGAAAAAACAGAGUAUGUAAAGUGUCGCGGCGGCGAUGAAUUGAGAAGCGCACUAAGCAAAUUGCGCGAGGAGAUUGAAGCUGGUAAACUGCGAUCGGGCGAAGACAGAGAAAGGGAAGCUAGAGAAGCGCUCUUCACUCAUCUCACGAUAAAACUCCAGGCUUUGGUUCGUGGCUUUAUCGCCAGAAGACGAUUUCGGCUACUCGUAGAGCAAAAGAAGGCUCAGUUGCAAGAAGCGGCGCUUAGAGAGCGUGCGGCUACUGUGAUACAGGCAUAUGCGCGUGGUUACCUAGCCCGAAAUAGGUUCAGAGAUAUGGUACUGGAGAAAAAAGCAAUAAAAAGAGCAGAGCUGGAAAAGCGAUCUGCAAUGAUUAUGCAGGCAGACUCAUUGGGAGUAGUUGGUAGAGUGUGCUAUAGAGCACUCCUUGAGAAAAUAAGAAUUGAGGAGAAACGUAAAAACGAAGCAGCACGCAAGAUUCAGAGAGCCUUUCGCAAGUACCAGCUCAGAAAGUUGAAACGCCGUGAACGUCAGGAACUUUGGACGAAAAUGAAUAAAGCUGCAACUCUCAUACAGAGUGUGUUCCGUAUGCAUUUAGCGAGGAAGGAAUUGCAUAGGCUGAAGAAGUUGAAAGAAUUCACAGAACGUCAAGAAGUGAAACGAAAAAACUGGGCGGCAGUAGUUAUCCAGAGAUGGUAUCGCCAGACGAUUGCAAAACGUAGAUAUCAGAGAAUUCAACAAGAUAUGCGAUUGAAAAGAGAUCACAUGAACAGAGUAGUAGAGCAGAUGAAAAAAGUGCACGCCGCUUGUAGGAUCCAGAGAGCCUACCGUGCCCAUCGCCUGCGAGAACAAAUGCGUGCUGAACGGCGUAAGAUAUGGGCGAAAUUGGAAAAUGCUGCCAUUGGUAUUCAGAAAUACGCUCGAGGAAUGCUUGCUCGAAAACGUUAUGCCGAACUGCGCGAAAUGAGGCAGAAAGAACUGAAAAAUAUUAUUAUAGUGCAGAGCUGUGUUCGUGGAUUUCUUGCUCGGCGCCAAGUUCGGGAAAUGUCGGCGCAACGUCACAGUCAUCGCGAAAACGAUACUGUAUUUGAAGACACGCAAGAAAAUGCUCCAUCUACCUCACUAGAGAAUGCUCCAUCUACAUCACUAGAGUGUGCUCCAUCUACAUCAACCGGAUAUGGUGAAAAGCAUGUGAUUGAUUUGGAAAGACUACGUCGCCUACAGCGCAGAGUUCGUGAAAAUGAGCGUAAACAAAAGUGCUACUCUACUCUAUUAGAGGCAUGUGAGCGAAAAUUGUCUGAAGAAGAUUCUUCAAUCAUCCAAGAGUCAGCAACAGAGCAGCCUCAAACGCAAACUAAUUUUCAGUAUGAGCCAACUUCAGAGGAUCAGACGAUAGCCGCUACAAAGAUCCAGGCGUGGUGGCGAGGGUGCUUGGUGCGUGCCGAACUACGUGAACAUCUGCACAGACGACGCUCUUACAUGAUAGCAUACCUGGGUAACGUAGCUGCAGAACAGCCGGAAGAUGUGGUUGACAACAUUGCAUUGGACGCGUUACCUGUUCACACUAAGAUUCACGAUGCAGUUGAGAUGUUGUUCAACCCGAAAAUGUACAUUACCAAAGUUGGAGCUUUCAUUCUCAAUCGUGUAACAGCUUUAACGCCACACUUGUGUGCGUAUUUUGUGGUGGAUGCUCAGGGUUUAGCCGCUUUAUUAGAUUUCUUUGGACAAAAGAGCACCGGACGUGGUCCUGGUACCGCAGAUAUCCUAUCAAUUCUGGCCGAGGUUUUCUUGCGUGUGCUUGAGUGUCGAGAAGCCGUCGUUGAAGCCGAGGUCAAUGCUCUGCUUGAGGAUUGCGCGAAAAGCGCCUUACAUAUCUUUCACGCCUUCUACGUGUACCCUCAAAUAGUUUAUCUCUUUGGAAAGGCGAUUCUAGCCAUACAUCGUCGACCCGAGGCAGCUGUAUAUUUCGACAAAGCUCCAUUUUAUAUGAACUACGCAAGGAGAAGAUUUGCCCGCUUUCCUCACACCGAUGCGCGUAGGGCCAUCCUCGAGGAGAUGAUCAAUGAGAUGCCAUAUUAGUCAGCUGAGUUUACACUGCGUGUCCGAUACCUUUACUCCAAAUCUUGUACCUCAUGUUAUUCAUGUAAUGUCUGUAUAUCUCUUCAAAUUUGUAUAUGAUUGUGUUUAUUAUGAAGAGAUUUUAUUAAUCUAUUUGGUAGCAUGCAAGAGUUUUUUCUGAUAAAAAGUUGUUUGAA